AUGGCGGGCGGCGGCGCGAGGACGCAGAAGAACAAGGCGCACAAGUCGCGCUUCGGCGCCAAGAGCCAACGCGCGUUGCACAAGGUCGCCAAGGCGUCAGACGGCGGAGCAGCAGGGGCAGCGCGCGGGGGCGCGAAGGGCAAGGGGAAGGGCCAUGGCGCCGUCGCCAAGGCGGAGAGGCUCAACCGCAACAAGCUGAGGAGAUGGGCGGCCAGGAGUAGGGCGGACGUUCAGGCCAAUGUGCUACCAUUAAACCCAUCCCGUCCCUUGCCCCCUCCCACCCCCUGUCGUCUCACCCACAGCUGCGGGACAGCAAGCGGGCGGACGUGCUGGCGGCCAAGUGACCUUUUUUCCACUGCGUCGUCUCUCCCCGUUCAUUCCUUCUCCCCCACUCCCUACCAACCCCUUCUUCCCCCCCAACCCCACUUCGCCUCACCCACAGCUGCGGGACAUCAAGCGGGCGGACGUGCUGGCGGCCAAGAGAGCUCUCAUUCCAUGAACGGGGAAGAGAGCUCCAUCGACUGCCUCAUCUCAUCUCUUCCCGUUCAUCCCUUCUUCCCCCCGCCCCACCCCCUGUCGUCCCACCCACAGCUGCGGGACAGCAAGCGGGCAAGCGUGCUGGCGGCCAAGCGGGCGCUCUCUGCUUCCUCCACGCCGCCCCGCGUCGUGGUGAGUCGCCCCGCCCCGCAGCGCAGGCGCAAGCCAGGCGUGUUUAGUGCUCAAAUCUGCACUGCAAUGGUGAGUCGGUGCCCCGAGGUCAGGCAAGUUCAAAUCUGCAACGGUGCGAGGCGCUCCCCUGAGCCGAGGGGCCUCUCUCAAGUGACCCCUGAGCCUUCCCCAGGUGCAGCAGUGCUCACCUCCCCUCCCCUGCAAUGGAAGGCGGCUCUGGCGGUGCUGGGAGGGGAGUUCCCCAAGGGCACGUGCCAUGUGUUUGCCGUCGACUCACUGGCUGAGAUGGCACCGGUGAGUCAAAGCAGGGGAAAGUUCGAGUCAUGCACACAGAGGAAGGGGGCUGUGUGUGGCGGUGCUGGGGGGGAGUUCCCCAAGGGCACGUGCCAUGUGUUUGCCGUCGACUCCCUCGCUGAGAUGGCACCGGUGAGUUGGCUGGUUGGAGGGGAGCGGAGGCCACAAGGCAAGGCAAGGCAGCAACAGGUGGUUGGUCCAUACAAAGAUGGCUCUCUGAUCAUGUGCUUGCAUUGCGGUCGACUCACUCGCCGAGAUGGCCGCGGUGAGUUGGUUGGAGGGGAGGGGAGAUGCCACACAGCACACCGACUCAAAUUCUCCCUGCUUUGGUUCUCCUCGAGCCUGCUGCAGGUGGUGCGGCACAUAGCGGAGCAUCGCCCCGUCACUCCUGGCUGGCGCACUCACCGCCCCUACCUCGUGGCGCACGAUUUUGACUUCAUCCCAGGCGCAGCCGACGCAGGCACGGCAGCAGCCACUAAGAGCGUGCCAUGUGGCACGUUGCGGGUGGUGGGCUACGUGCGCGGCCACGGGAUCAACGUGAACCAGCUGGUGCACAUCACAGGAGUGGGCGACUUUCAGCUAGCUCAGAUCGACCAAGUGCCCGAUCCCUGUGCUGCUGGCGAGCAUGGGAGGCCGGUCGGGAGGGCUGGUGGGAGCAAGGGGAAGGAAAAGAGGGAAGGGGGGAAGACACAAGAGGGGAUGGAGGUAGAGGAGGGAGAGGAGGGGGAGGAGGGGGAAGUGGAGGAGGGGGAGGAGGAGGAGGGGGGAGUGAGGGUGCUGGCUCGGUCGACUGCUGAGCUGAGGGAUCCCCUUGUGGUUCUCAACACACUUGACCCGCUGGCCGGCGAGCAGGUGAGAAGAGAGGGGAGGAGGGGGAAGUGGCGAAGGAGGGGAACUAUUGAUUUGAGUGGUGAGUUGAGGGAUCCCCUUGUGCUUAACACACUUGACCCGCUGGCCGGCGAACAGGUGCGGUUGGGAGGGAGCGGGCGGGUGAAGAGGCGAACAGGUGCGGUUGGGAGGGAAGGGGCGGGUGAAGAGGUGAGAGCAGAGGGACGAGAGCACACGUGGCCGACAGAGGAGGAAAUGGCAGCAGCAGAGGCGGAGGAGAGGAAGAGAGCGGAGAGCAAGGCCCUGGGGGGGGGAGGAGGGAAGGAGGGCAAGGGUGGCGCCAGGCGCAUCCGGGUGCCGAAAGGAACCUCCAGCUAUCAGGCGGCAUGGAUGCAAGGUGGUGACGAGGAAGAGAGCGAGGGGGAGGAGGAGGACGAGGAGGAGGAGGGAGAGGAGGGAGAGGAGGCGAUGGAGGAGGGAGAGGAGAGGGAUGGGGGUGAGCAGGGAGGAGCAGAGGAGGAGGAGGAAGGGUCGGGGAGUGAUUGGGAGGAGGUAGAUGAGGAUGAUGGUGUGGGAGGGGAGAGGCUAGAGGGAGGCAGCACCCACGAUGGGCUCAUGGAUGAGGAUGAUGCAGAGGGGGAGGCGGAGAAGAGGGCUCGAGCUCAGUGGGAGGAGAUGAAGCGGCUGAGGGUGCAGCAGCAGGAGGACCAGGAGUUCCCGGACGAGGUGGACACCCCAGACGACAUCCCGGCGCGGCAGCGCUUUGCCAAGUACCGCGGGCUCAAGUCCUUCCGCUCCUCGCCCUGGGACUCCAAGGAGUCCCUCCCCCCUGAGUACGCGCGAAUAUUCUCCUUUGACAACUGGAAGAGGACGCAGAAGGCGGCGGAGGAGCGGGCGGCAGCGGUGGACCGGGGCGAGGUGCCCGGGUCGGUUGGGGCGGGGACGUUUGUCAGGUUGCACAUUAUGAACGUGCCAUGCUCCGAAGCAGAGCGUCUGCAGCACGAGGCGGCCAAUCGCGGGCUGCCACUUGUCGUGACGGGGCUGCUGCAGCACGAGGCGCGCAUGACAGUGCUGCACUUCUCAGUCAAGAAGGCCGACUCCUUCGCCGCCCCCAUGAAGUCCAAGCAGCGCCUCCUCUUCCACUGCGGCUUCCGACGGUUUUACACUCGCCCCACCUUCUCAACGGACGACAUCAAUCUCGACAAGCACAAGUUCGAGCGCUUCCUGCACCCCGGAAGGUUCGCGGUAGCUUCCAUCUUUGCGCCCACGCUCUUCCCGCCGCUCCCCCUCCUCGUCUUCGCCGACCCGUCUGCCGCCAAUCAGCACGCAGGAGAGGGUGUGACGGGAGGAGGGAGUGCGGGGGUAGGGAGUGUGGGGGGGAGUGUGGUGGGAGGGAGUGUGGUGGGGGAGGGGGAGGAGCUACAGCUGGCGGCAACGGGGGCUUUAAGAGGGCCGGACCCUGAUCGUUCCUCUCCCAUGUCCUCGUUCCUCUCCCAUGUCCUCGUUCCUCUCCCAUGUCCUCGUUCCUCUCCCAUGUCCUCGUUCCUCUCCCAUGUCCUCGUUCCUCUCGCGUCCCUCCCUGUGGAGCUCUUCUCCAAGUACGGCCGGAGGGGGCGCAUUCGCAAGCCGGUGGGCACCAAAGGAGCAAUCAAGUGUGUUUUCGAUGGGGUGGUGCAGCAGCGCGAUGCCGUCUGCAUGGCCCUCUACAAGCGAGUCUACCCCAAGUUCCCCGUCCUGCCAGCCUCUCUUUGCCCCCGCCGAGACAUCCCUCUGGCGCUGCCAGCUUGCGCCUCCUUGCCCCUGCGGCUCCUUGCCCCUGCGCCUCCUUGCCCCUGCGCCUCCUUGCCCCUGCGGCUCCUUGCCCCUGCGGCUCCUUGCCCCUGCCCAUCCAACUAG